AUGUGCAAGGCUGAAGCGAAAGAGAAAUUAGAACACGAAGCUCAGUUCACACUGGAAAGUCGAAAGCUUUUAUUUAUGGAGUGGAGUUUCAAGUCAAUUCAGAACGAAUAUGUGGAUAUGUCGAGUCAAUAUUGGCGGGAACCAGUUUUGUCAUUCGAGCUUCAGAAUACACAAGAUUCGCAGCUGGACCCUCCAAUAACUCCGAAAUCCUUCAAGUUUUGCUCCUUUGUGAAAGUAGUGAAUGUCCCAUACACUGGUAGUGGCACCGAUCAUUUGCUCUUCACAUUUUAUCUCAAGCAUAUGAAGGCCCAAUACAAAACAUGGAGUACUAGCAAGAUUACAACAGUAAAGGUCACAGGUCCAAUCGAAAUCGACAACUUCCCAAAUACGAAGUUCAAGGUUGUGAGAGGUUCAUCUAGUCAGGUUCACGAAUUCACUCUUGUAGACCUGCCUUGCCUCAAUCCCUAUGACUGGAUCAUGCUUUACAAAUUAUUAUUGAGAGACAGGAAAAAGUACGAGCUUUUUAUUACUCGCCUCAAACUGACACUAGUUUCGUAUGCUAAAAACGUAGGCAAAAUGGAUGUGGAAAUUGUUGUCGUACUAUGA